UCGUGCAAUUUAUAACAAUUUGGUGCCGUGACUCGGAUGAGAAUGUUCCGGUAGAAUAGGAAUACUGGGGAGGCGCCCCACCUCCAGGUGGCCCCAGGAUCUCUGUAACCUACCCCGCUCUCACCGACGAACCUAAAACUCGGGACAUAAGCAAAGGAGACCGGUCGACCCUAUAAACUUUGUGCACAAAGGUCCGGACGAAGACGCAGGACGCAAACAGCAAUAAGAACAGCUGAGAAGGGAUGGACUCACGCUAGCAGGAUCAAGGGCCCUGUUAGAGAACCAACUACCGAGUGGAAAGUUGUCAGCUCACCAGGAAGCCUGAAAUUAAGACUGAAGAGAUAAGUAAAAGACUGAAUGAACGGAUUUACAAUUGAAUAUUUACCCAAUCCAUAUUUAGUAAUGAUGAUGUUAGAAUAAGAUAAAGCGAACUGUAACUGUUACCCAUUUGUAUGUUAUAACUGUAAAGUGUGUGGAGAAGGGUAGUGGACUCACUGCUAUAGGGGAAGACCCCUAAAGGGGUUUGCACCCCUUGCUAGAAAUUACAAAGAAAUAUUACUGAUUGGCUACUAAACCUAAAAGUAUCUCUUGGAGAAUUAACUGUAGAAUCCAGCGAAUGGUGGGAGAUAUUUGCCAAAGGAGCAAAUCCAGACUCAUAUUAUCUAAACAUGCCCAGUCCAUUCAUAGCAGAAAUAGCUGAAGGGCGUUGCCAAAAGGAGCUACAGGAGCUCAGGUGCAACUCUCCACAAGUUAAAAAAGCGAACUGGUAUUCUCAUGUUGUCCAAAGUCGUAAAGCAGGGCAAUCCCUCCUGAAGAAUUCCCCUGCUGCCGAGAAGAUGAUACCCCUCGUGGCUCGAUGCACCCGAGUCGACGAGCGAGGCAGAGGGAGAAAAACUGGUGGAGGAAAGAGCCUCGCUUAUAGGACAACAAGGCAAUGUUCGCUGAACUGCCAAAAGAAUGGGACUGAUAGUAUCACUGAGUUUUGGCAUUGUUACCACCAGAGAGAGCUUUCAGAAAAGAAAGAAUACAAAAUAGCCAGUGAGACCAAGCACCCGAAUCUGCACACCAUAAUAUGGAUGCUAUCAUUAUUAGUAUGUUGUACUACCGCAGAGCACGAUAACCCCCAUCAACCCUUUAAGUGGUCCUUGAUCCGAUGGGAAGACCAUAAAGUAUUGUCCUCCAUGAUUACCCCAGGGAAUCCCUCUUUUCAGUGUGAAUUGAAAGAUCUUUUUCCAGUUUGGCCACCUGUAUUCCUUGGGGCCUUUUAUUUUUGUCCUGCCUCAAAUCCGGGAAAACCAUAUUGUAACUAUCCUGGGCAUUAUUAUUGUGCAUACUGGGGAUGCGAAACAGUAUCCUAUGGAUUCCCCCCCGGAGGAGGAAAAGAUCAAUUCAUAUCCGUAAAAUGGUAUCCCUAUGGAUGUAAAGAACCCCAAAUAUGGCGAGAUGGAGGGCUAGGACGGCGGGGGAAUUGUAAAGGAAUUUGGAUAAAUGUUACUAAAGGAGAAGAUCAAGCUUGGGUAACAGGAAAACUGUGGGGAGCACGAUUAUGGGAACCUGGUACAGACAGAGGGGGACACUUCUUUAUCAAAAAGGAACCAGCACCACAAGACUCAGAACUUAUUGGGCCAAAUUCUGUGCUGCAGAAAGAACCGGAAUUAGAACAACAAUAUAAGGACCAAAGAGACGAGAUAAAGAAUAGUAACGUAGCCCCGACUGUUAAAGGAGUUGUAAAAACAGGACUAGAGUAUAGUGCAUUGUGGAAAAUAAUGCAAGCUAGUUACCAAUUAUUAAAUAUAACACAUCCGAAUUUGACCCAAGAAUGCUGGCUGUGUUAUAGCAUUAGGCCUCCCUUUUAUGAAGGUAUAGGUAGUACACAAAAAGUACGACGUAUCAAUGGAACCAAUCCAGCGCAAUGCCUUUGGAAACAGAAUAAAACCGAAACACAAGGGGUAACCUUAUCCCAAGUAACGGGUAAAGGGAGGUGUAUAGGAAAAAUACCACCAGAAAAGGAAUACUUAUGUGGAGUAAUUAUGACACAAAGAGAAGAGGAUAAACCUGCAGAAUGGCUCCUCCCUGCAGCAAAUACAAAGUGGGUAUGCAACAAUAUAGGCGUUACCCCCUGUUUAUCAUUAAAGGUUUUUAAUUAUGCUCGAGAUUACUGUAUCCAAGUAACCAUUGUCCCCAGAAUAAUUUACCACUCAACUGAUUAUAUUUACCAGCAACAUACUACUGCAGAGCAUCAUCUAGUAAAAAGGGAACCCUUUACGGCCCUGACCAUUGCAACCCUGCUGACUAUAGGAGGAAUAGGAGCAGGGACAGGAGUAGCCUCCUUGAUAAAUCAGCAAAAAGAAAUGAAGACAUUGCGAAUGUCAGUAGAUGAAGAUUUAGGAAGAAUUGAGCAAGCCAUCGAUGGGUUAGUAAAGUCAGUAAGAUCUUUAUCUGAAGUAGUGUUACAAAAUCGCAGGGGUCUAGAUCUUUUGUUCUUGCAACAAGGUGGCCUGUGUGUAGCCCUAAAAGAAGAAUGUUGCGCAUAUGCUGACCACACGGGAGUAGUAAUAGAUACCAUGACAGAAUUAAGAAACCGACUAGAGCAAAGGAAGCGAGAAAGAGAGGCAAACCAAAACUGGUAUGAAUCUUGGUUUGAUUAUUCCCCUUGGCUGACUACCCUGCUAUCCACGAUUGCGGGACCACUGAUUUUAUUGAUACUUGGAUUAACCUUUGGACCAUGUAUUUUUAAUAAAUUGAUAACAAUUGUGAAGGGACGCUUAGAAGCAGCACAUUUAAUGCUUAUUAGAGCAAAAUAUGAAUCGCUACCUAAAGACUCAGAAGAUGAGAAAUUAGAAUGGGCCCGACAGGAAUUAGAAAGAUUCAAUGAACAAAUUUAGGCUGAAAAGAAAAAGGGGGGAUUGUAACGAGUUAAUGCUUUGUUCAUUGAACUUGCAAACACAGGAUGACUCAUGAUUUUUAAGAGAGCCUUUAAACUUGCAAAC